ACCGGCAGCCCGGAGCGCGGCCUUUUUGAGGCUGCGGGGAGGGGAGAGAGUUGCUUGAAGGAAACACUGGCAAACUUGGAGAGACAGAUCUAUGCUUUUGAAGGAAGCUACCUAGAAGACACUCAGAUGUAUGGCAAUAUUAUUCGUGGCUGGGAUCGGUAUCUGACCAACCAAAAAAACUCCAAUAGCAAAAACGACCGAAGGAACCGGAAAUUUAAGGAAGCUGAGCGGCUCUUCAGUAAAUCUUCAGUUACAUCGGCAGCUGCAGUAAGUGCAUUGGCAGGAGUUCAGGACCAGCUCAUUGAAAAGAGGGAACCAGGAAGUGGGACAGAAAGCGAUACUUCUCCAGACUUCCAUAAUCAGGAAAACGAGCCCAGCCAGGAGGACCCAGAGGAUCUGGAUGGAUCUGUUCAGGGAGUGAAACCUCAGAAGGCUGCUUCUUCCACUUCCUCAGGGAGUCAUCAUAGCAGCCAUAAAAAACGAAAGAAUAAAAACCGGCACAGCCCGUCUGGCAUGUUUGAUUAUGACUUUGAGAUUGAUCUGAAGUUAAACAAAAAACCACGAGCUGACUAUUAGAAGACUCAUUAGUACAGAAGCGUCCAGGCUGUAGAGCCCUGCUUCCCUUCUCCGACCUCACACAGAUAAACAUCCCUCAUCUGAGUGCGUGGCUGCCCACCUCUGCUCUCCCAGACCCAGUGCCUGUGACUCUGAGUAGUUUGUUCUAAAUGUGGCAACAAGUCACUUCUGUAAGAGAUUGCAUUGUUUGCUUUGUGUGUUUCUUAGACAGCAGAAGUUCAGGGAGACCAAGGCGUGGUUGUGAUCCCUGCACAUUGCUCUCUGUGCGUUUCUCCUUUGGAAUGAGUGUCUCCCCCAAACUGGCCAGCCCCAGCUAUGUCUGUGACCCCCCCAUUGAGACCUGUCUCGGGUUUUGUAUUAUGCUGAACGUAGACCACAAGUCACAUUUCUGAUGUAGGCUGUAAACACCUGGCAUUUCUCUUACUUUAUUUUGUGUUUCAUUAUUUUCCUAUUGUUGUUUUUACCGUCUUUAUUUUCUUCCUGGGACUUUUUGUAAUGCCUUUGUACAGCUCAUCCCUUCCUGCUGACAUAUCUAAUGAUCUGUUUCAUGCAGUUGCCAAUAUUCUUAACUGAAAAUAAUGUGGUUUACUGUAAGUAAAAUGGGAAACUUAGCUCAGUGGUUUUUUGCAGGGGGAAGAUAAAGAGUGUUUAUUUAAUAAUUACCCAUUUUAAAUCUCUCUUGAGUUGGAGGCAGUUUUGUGUUCAAGGGACAGGAGAAGCUGAAAACCGUAAGUUUAAAUCAAUCCUUAGAUAUUUUUAAGGGGCUGGGGGUUUAGCUCGGUGGUUCUGCUGCCUGCCUUGCAAACUCAAGGACCUGAGUUCGAUCC